CAAACGGCAACGAGUUCAUGAGUCAGUGCUUGUGUGUGUGCCUUUGUAUUGACCUGACCUAUAUAUGUAUAUUAUAGUAUUAUCUUCGCCGUUUUGUUCAUCUCCUUUUUCUGGCAAUCCCUGUUCAUUUGAUCUCACUGUGAAAUGGGGUUUUCCAAGGAACAAUUCCUUGCGCGCUUACAGGAGCUUCAAAUUGAAUUUUCCCAGUAUGAACAUCCUGUUGUUAUGACAGUUGAAGAUCAGGCGAAAUAUGUAGGAAAUAGUGAAGGUGGACUGAGUAAAAAUUUAUUCUUGAAGGACAAGAAAAAUAGGUUCUAUAUUGUUUCCGCACUGGCAGAUACUAAAGUAGAUCUUAAAGUUCUAUCUCAAAGGCUUGGGUUGGGGAAAGGAGGUUUGAGAAUGGCUCCAGAAGAAGCAUUGGGUGAAGUACUUCAGGUACCUUUGGGUAGUGUUACUCCAUUUGCACUUGUAAAUGAUUCAGCAAGAAAUGUCUCCCUCCUUUUGGAUCAAGGAUUUAAAGGUCAGGAGCGCUGUUUGUUCCACCCACUAUCAAAUGAUAUGACAAUUUCUCUUAAUGUCUGUGAGCUUGACAAAUUUCUAAGAUCAAUUGGAAGAGACUCCUCAUAUGUUGACCUGGAGGCUAACCCUCCAGUAGGGAAAGAUAAUCCUCCUGAUCUAGCUGCUCUUGUUCCAUCUGAUUCCAUAGUUUUGCCAGAUCUUCCAGAAAAAGCAGCAUCUCUGCAAGCUCCUCCAAAAGCUCAUGUUGUUUCAAAUAAUAAGUCCACAGAAAUUACAGCAAAAGCUACUGAGCCAUCCAGAAAAGUGAAAAAUGUAAAGGAUAAACCUGUCAAUAGCUUGCAACCAUCAAGCUCCUUCAAAGAUGUUGGGCAAUUUGUGGAAGAAAUUUUGGAUAAAACAUCAGCACUGUUACUUUCAGAGAUAACUGAGGAGACUAUUAAGCAACAUGGACAACAGCUAGGAGGUGUGGUAUCAAAUUGUAUCAGAGAACGUCUUGCCUCAGAGCUGAAGACAGAUACCACGCUGUACAUGCAGACAGCAUACACGGAAGGUUUUCAUGUUGCCCGCAAGAUGUUCCAGAGCACUGACACUCACCAUCAAUUCCGGUGUUUGUGAAUGGUAUUCUAGCGCACCCAUUCCCUGGCAAUACCCCCACUCCCCUCCAAGUAAAUGAAAAGAUUAAACAGAAAGGGAGGUACGAAGAGUGAGAAUUUCUAGUGUUCAAUGUUCAUUGCAAAGUUUUUACUUAUAAUACUAAACAUUCAUCAGACAUUCAUGUAGACAGUUGAAUCUUGAUAGAACAUGUAUACGUUCCUAAAGUGACUUUAGGGUGUUA